CCGCGGCCCAGAGCGGCCGCCAGCACUUCCGGUCCGCCCACCCCGGGGUCCGGCCGCCGCCGCCAGGCCCGGAGGCAGCGGUGCGGGCCCAUGAGCGGGAGCGAGGAGGAGGAGCCGCCGCCGCCGCCGCCGGGCGCGCCGGAGCCCGAGCCCGAGCCCGAGCCCGAGCCCGAGCCGCCCCCGCCCGGCCCCGGGAAGCGGGCGCGGGGGGCGCGGCGGGGCGGGGGCGCGUGCGGGGAGUGCGGGAAGGCGUUCGGGCGCGCGGCGCACCUGGCGCGGCACCAGCGGGCGCACGAGCGGCAGCGCCCGGCCGCCUGCGCCGACUGCGGGAAGCGCUUCGCCCGCAGCUCCACGCUGGCCGAGCACCGGCGCGUGCACACGGGCGAGAAGCCGUUCGCCUGCGCGGCCUGCGGGAAGCGCUUCGCGCAGAGCUCGCACCUGCUCACGCACCAGCGCAUCCACACGGGCGAGAAGCCCUACGGCUGCGCCGUCUGCGGGAAGCGCUUCCACCAGAACUCGCACCUGGUCACGCACCGCCGCACCCACACGGGCGAGAAGCCCUACCAGUGCCCCCAGUGCCGCGAGCGCUUCAGCCGCAGCUACACGCUGGCCCGGCACCAGCGCAGCCACACGGGCGAGCGCCCCUACGCCUGCCCGGACUGCGGCAAGGCCUUCGGCCUCAGCUCCACGCUGGCCAGCCACCGCCGCACCCACACCGGCGAGAAGCCCUACCGCUGCGCGCGCUGCGGCAAGAGCUUCACCCGCAGCUCCACGCUGGCGCAGCACCAGCGCACGCACGCCGGCGACAAGCUCUACACCUGCCCCUGCUGCAACAAGGUGGCCUGCGCCAGCCUCUUCUUCUGAGCGCGGCCGGAGGAAGGACCCCGCUUCUGCCGGGAGAGCCGGCUUGCGCUGGGGCUCCACCGCCUGCUCCCCACUGCCCGCGGGGCAAGAGGACUCGGGAACCGAGGGCCGGGGUUGCGGGCACUGAGCUCCUACCGCUGCCUGCCAGCACCAGCGAGAUCCUAAAUACCUUCGGUUGGCCGCAGCAGAAGGGCAGCCUGCAGCCGGCACCCCGCGUAGGCCGUGCUGCCCGGACUGGGGCCUGCAGGGCGGCGUGCUGGCCGUGGGCCCCGAUCGCUGGGGCUGGGUUCCUGCGUUCUCACAGGGCCUCUUCCCCCCCCCCCUCCCCGGGCGUCUGUACCUGCUUCUCCGUCAGCACCAGCGUCGCUGCCACGGGGCGCCUACGACGACGCCGAUGGAGCAGACCUGCCUGCCAAGGACCGAGCAGCUCCCACGCGAGGGCUGCAGCUUGAGGCGUCCAGUGGUCGCUGGGUUACAUCAGAGGCGCUGAGCUGGGGGGUGGCGCGGCGCACGCAGCCAUCAGGAAGGGUCUGAGUGCGGCGAGCGUGACGUCCUCUGCGCCCACAGACAACGGACGGGCGCCAGCUCAGCCGCUGGCAGAGCAAAGCUGAGCUGGGUGCUGGCCCUGGAGAGACGGCCGCCAAGGAAACAGCAGUCCCUCCAGGGCAGCGCGGCCCUCGCUGCAGGGGGCAUCAGGGCAGGGCCAGGCAGCGGGCACGGCCCUGAGCUGACCCUGGGGGAGCAGUGCAGCGAUGUGUGGGACCAGGGCUGCUGUGGGCUAGGACAGAGCCGGCCGAGGGGACCACGUGUUGAGGAGCUCCCAAACCGCUGUAGCAGCACCCCGCCGACGCUUUGCAGAGGGAGCUGGGAAAAUGCCCUGCUAGAGCAGGAAGAGGUGCCUCCCGCCUGCCCUUCUCUGGGGAGGGGCAGCACAUCCAGGUGAUGGGUGCCCGGGAGGAAGGUCAAGGCUGGGGCCUCCAUCCCUGAUGAACAAUAAAUGAGUUAACAUCUC